AUGGCGACGGCGGGGAGCCGGACCUCGUCGUUAAGCGGAUUAAUAGACCCUAAUAACGGCACAAACGUCGGGAAUGGACCUCAGGGAAGCUCCAGUGACUCCGGUCUUCCAAGCAGCAACGGGAAAGUGAGGAGAAAUGCAGGGGAAAGUUCGCCUUGGAGGCGGAAGGUGAGGAGUGUGGAUCUGGAUAAAUGUGAGAGCGGGACGGCGGCGCUGCAAUUCCUCACUGUGUCCGGUCCCGGCUUGGUUCAGAGCGCAUUACUGCAUCAGAGCCUCACUGAACCGCCGCUCGGCGACAAAACCAGCAAUAAUAUGUGUAACAGUGCUCAGGAAUGGAUGAAAAGCUCUUUAAAGAGCAGCAGCGAAGGUCCGAGCGAUGAACAUGGAGGAACUGCUGCAUUGAACGUGAACACUUCACACAACAGUAGUGACAUGGACAGUAAGGAGACUCCGCGUGGACUGCAGAAGAUGGAGGACCGGCCAGAGGAGCGUUUGAUUAGAGAAAAGCUCAAGGCCACCUGUAUGCCCACCUGGAAGAGCGAGUGGCUGGAAAGACGUAGCAGGAGAGGGCCGAUGGUCGUGAAGCCCAUCCCUUUGCGAGCAGAUGGCACUGAAGCCGGCAGCGACGGACACAACUCAUCUUCAUCUCACAGCAGAACUCAUCGCAGCCCAUCACCUAGACCUUCAUCUUUCUCUGCCUCCUCAUCUUCAUCCAUGAAGACUGCAGGGAAAUCAGAUUCUCCCGGCCUGCGCAGAAGGAGGGGGUCCCCGCUUCCUAGCGGAAGGGUUACACCCCCUCGGAGAGCACCCUCCCCUGAUGGCUUUUCUCCAUACAGUCCAGAGGAGACCAACCGCAGGGUCAACAAGGUCAUGAGGGCGCGCCUCUACCUGCUGCAGCAGAUAGGACCUAAUUCAUUUUUGAUUGGCGGAGACAGUCCUGACAACAAAUUCCGGGUGUUCAUUGGUCCACAGACGUGUAGCUGUGGCCGAGGGACGUUCUGCAUCCAUAUACUUUUCGUCAUGCUCAGAGUUUUCCAGCUGGAACCAUCAGAUACCCUGCUGUGGAGAAAGACCCUCAAGAACUUUGAGGUGGAGAGCUUGUUUCAGAAGUAUCACAAUCGCCGUAGCUCACGCAUCAAAGCUCCCUCUCGCAGCACCAUCCAGAAGUUUGUGUCUCGCAUGUCCAACUCUCACAUGUCAUGCCCCUCCAGCACCUCUCCAUCCAGCAAUGAAAGCAGUAUGAAGGACGAGGAGGAGCAGAUGUGUCCCAUUUGUCUGCUGGACAUGCUGGAUGAGGAAAGUCUGACGGUAUGUGAGGAAGGCUGCAGAAAUAAACUCCACCAUCACUGCAUGUCUAUAUGGGCCGAGGAGUGUCGGAGAAAUCACGAUCCUUUAAUCUGCCCUCUGUGUCGAGCCAAGUGGAAGUCUCAUGAUUUUUACAGUUUUGAUCAGUCAUCAACAGUGGAAAGCACAAGCCGCUCUCAAACAGCAUCUUCCUCCUCCUCAUCUCUUCAUGCUGAGAGCUCUAGAUCGGGGCAGGAUGGCGACUUCUCUCUUCCACAAUAUGGAGUUCAGCACAUCCCUCAAACAUACUCGGACCUCGCCGAACCUUGGAUCAAGGUGUUUGGCUUGGAGCUGGUGGGCUGUCUCUUUUCCCGGAACUGGAACAUCAGAGAAAUGGCUCUUCGGCGGCUGUCGCAUGACGUGAGCGGUGCUCUCCUGCUGGCCAAUGGCGAGCAUUCAUUGGCCGGAGCGGGGGCUGGGACAUCACUGGGUACAUCUGCAGGGGAGGUGUCAGGAGACGUGGUGGUGGAGUCCUGCUGUAGCGUAUUGUCCAUGGUCUGCGCAGACCCUGUCUACAAAGUCUAUGUCGCGGCAUUGAAAACCCUGCGAGCGAUGCUGGUGUACACCCCCUGUCACUCUCUCUCAGAGCGCAGUCGAUUACAGCAGCUGCUGCGACCCGUGGUGGAGACCAUACUGGUCAAGUGUGCAGACGCUAACAGUCGAACCAGUCAGCUGUCUGUGUCCACUCUACUGGAGCUGUGUAAGGGUCAGAUGGGUGAACUCGCUGUGGGGAGAGAAAUCCUCAAAGCAGACUCUCUUGGUAUUGGUGGAGUUGAUUACAUGCUGAACUGUAUCUUGGGCUCUAAGACGGAGGCUAAUAACUGGCAGGCGCUGCUAGGUCGACUGUGUCUGAUCGACAGACUCUUACUGGAGUUUCCUGCUGAAUUCUACCCUCAUAUAGUGUCAGCCAGAGAAUGCAGCCUGGCCCAAAACAUUGUGGAGAGGUACCAGAAGCUGCUGCCUCUUCUAAGUUUUGCACUACAGUCCAUCGAUAACUCUCACUCGAUGGUGGGUAAGCUUUCCCGUCGCAUCUUCCUGAGCGCUGCCCGUAUGGUGGCUCGUGUGCCUCAUGUCUUUGUUAAGCUACUGGACAUGCUCAACGUGACCAGCUCCACUCACUAUGCCCGCAUGCGCCGCCGUCUCCUCGCCAUCGCUGAGGAGAUGGACAUCCUGGAAGCCAUCCAUCUGGGUCUAGAUGACCUCCAGAUCGGGCAUAGCUCGCACUCUGAUGCCUUGCUAGAACCUUCAGCUUCAAAUAACUCCCCUUGUACCACUGAAAGAUACUCCCCCACCCAUGGCCUACAGCAGCCUACCACCAAGGUGCCGUAUCCAGGUCAAGUUAGUUCCAAUCCUGUAGAUGAUAUUACAGAGAGACUCUCAACUGUUGUCACAAGCCCUGCUGAAUUUCCAAAGCCCCCUGUUCAAGCCCGAAACAGACCUAUGAGUCAGUGUUUGAACUCACCCUCGUCCAGUCAUCCCCCAACCUUUCCCUCAUUGUCCAAUGCCUUAGCCUUCCCUCCAGACAACCCCAAAGCCCUGCCGCAUAGUUUCAUGUCCAGCAAAUUGGCCCAUACUUCACCGGGAACCCAGCACAAGCUAUUGUUGCAGAAGGGAGUAAGCGGAGGGGUUUGUAGCGGAAAGGACCCAGAGAAGCUACCAAGCUCCUCUGCAUUUACUCGAGCUCGGCCGCUGCCCUCAAAUCAGAUCCACUGGCCCAGACCAACUCGACCUUCUACUACUGCCUCAUCUGAUGGAGCUAAAGCUUUAAGCCCGGAGACAAAGAGCAACAUGAAACUGGACCUUCAGGAGGUCAGGUCUGGAGACAAUGUGGCCUGCGGUGGAAGAUCUGCUUUUAUCCCCAGCGAGGAAACAGUCUUCACACCAGUGGAGGAGAAGUUCUGUGGUCUCAAGGCUUUGGCCGAGCUCAACUCUAGCAUGGAGGACCUGUUGGAAGCCUCCGUACCUGCGCCAGACACCACCGUCACCUUCCAGUCCGAAGUGGCAGUGCUGUCACCGGAGCAGGCAAAUGCAAAGGAUGACACAUACAGCAAGGAUGUGACCCAGAAUCAGAAGUGCAAGGAGAAAAUGGAAGCCGAGGAGGAGGCAGCCCUGGCGGUGGCCAUAGCCAUAUCAGAGUCCCAAGAUGCCCUGCCUAUCAUCCCACAGUUACAGGUGGAGAAAGGAGAAGACGUGAUCAUUAUUCAGGUGGAUACACCAGAGACGCUGCCUGGUCAUACCAAAGCUAAGCAGCCAUACAGGGAGGGCAUGGACUGGCUCAAGGGUCAACAGAUCGGCCUGGGUGCCUUCUCUUCAUGUUACCAGGCUCAGGACGUGGGAACUGGCACGCUGAUGGCGGUCAAACAGAUAACAUAUGUGAGGAACACCUCCUCAGAGCAGGAAGAGGUGGUGGAGGCACUGCGGGAGGAGAUUCGAAUGAUGGACCUCCUCAAUCACCCAAACAUCAUCCGUAUGCUUGGAGCAACCUGCGAGAAGAACAACUACAACCUUUUUGUUGAGUGGAUGGCUGGUGGUUCUGUAUCUCAUCUCUUAAACAAGUAUGGUGCCUUUAAGGAGGGUGUGGUGAUCAACUACACCGAGCAGGUCCUGCGAGGUCUCGCCUACCUCCACGAGAACCAGAUUAUCCACCGGGACAUCAAAGGUGCCAAUCUUCUCAUUGACAGCACAGGCCAGAGGCUGCGGAUCGCUGAUUUUGGGGCAGCGGCGCGUCUGGCCUCUAAAACUACAGGUGCAGGAGAGUUCCAGGGUCAGCUCUUGGGGACCAUCGCCUUUAUGGCUCCAGAGGUGUUGAGAGGGCAGCAGUAUGGUCGCAGCUGUGAUGUUUGGAGUGUGGGCUGUGCUAUUAUAGAGAUGUCCUGUGCUAAACCUCCAUGGAAUGCUGAGAAACACUCCAACCACCUGGCACUCAUAUUCAAGAUCGCCAGUGCUACCACUGCACCAACUAUCCCCCCUCACCUGUCACCCGGCCUACGGGAUGUUACCCUGCGCUGCCUCGAGCUUCAGCCCUCCGACCGGCCGCCCUCCAGAGAGCUGCUGAAGCACCCUAUCUUCCGCCACUGCUGGUAGAAUCUGUCUUCAUCUGCCAUGACGUUAUACUACUGAGGGCCGCGUCAGGCCUGUGCCUCGUACUGCUGUCAUGUUCUGUGCUAGUUCAGUCACAUUCAACAGGUCCCACAAUACUUUGUCAUGAUGCAUAAAACACGGCUACAGGAAUAAGAGUGUCUGUAUAAAAGUGCCAUUUCUUUGCAUUCGUUUAUGCAUUUAGCCAACACUUUUAUCCAAAGCGACUUGCUAACAAAUUUUCCUAACAGAAUGGUUGAAAAUCAGGGCAUCUUUAUUUCUAGGGGGGUCAAUCUGUUUCAGUCAGUUAAGGUGGACACGCAACUUUGUUGAAGAAGCAACGAGUGUCAUCAUUGUCAUUAUUUAUGCAACCUUAUUUUCUUCCCAAUCUAUAUGGUGUUAUUUUUUUUCUGUGGAACACAAAAGUAAAAAUGUCAAAAGAAUAGUUUAGCAGGGCCAUCUGACAAUGACUGUCUCACCCACGAUCGCAUCUAGAAUUAAAAAGUGCUGUCAUGUUUAAUUAAACAUUACCAUUGCCUUUUUGGUGUCAAUUAUGUUGGUCAGGCGAGCUUCGGUAGAGGGCAGCAUUAUCAGUGAAUGAUUACUUUUUAUCGUAUGACUUCAGAAGAAUUUGAGACACGUGAUCACUGUGAACUGUAAUGAUUCUUCAAAAAUGGGUAUUUUUAUGUUCCAUGGACAAAAUAACAGCAUAUGGGUUUGGAACGACAUGAGGGUAAAUGAUGGAACAGUGGAAAGAACAUUCUAGAACAAAGUUUAAUGGCCCCCAUGUUAAAGGAAUUAUUCCGAGUUCAAUACUAGUUAAACUAAUUCUCGCAUUAUUUACUCACCCUCAUGAUAGCCCAGGUGUGUAUGACUUGACUUUCUUCACAGAACACAUUUGAAGAAAUAUAGAAAAAUAUCUCCGCUCAGAAGGUCCUUAAAAUGCAAGUGUAUGGUGAUCCGAUUAUUGAAGCUCCAGCAGUCAGCAUAAAUGUCAUCCAUACGACUCCAGCUGUUAAAUUAAUGUCAUGCUCACUUUUGGUGUGAAAAAUAUCAAUAUUUAAGUGCUUUUUAACUCUAAAUCAUGCUUCCGGUGAACAGCGGUAUGCACGUAUGACGUAAUCGCGUUGGCAUUUGAAAUAUGCGUCACACCCGGAGGAGGAGGAACGCUGUACAGUAACUUGCUUGGUUUAGGUUUAAAUCUGUAUUUACCUGUUUCUUUACUCACAAUGGUGCGUUUGUGUGCUUAUCCUGGAUGUCUCAACCAAGUGGAGAAUGUGAGAUUACCUCAGUAUAACGUAUACGUCACACUAGAGUCUGCGUGACCUCCACCCUCUUGUGAAUUUUACUGGAAACGAUGAUUUAAGAGUUAUUUAAAUAGUGAUCUUUUUUUGCACCAAAAGUGACCGUUAGAAGACUGCUGGAGUUGUGCGGAUGAUGUUUAUGCUGACUGUCUGUGAUAUUUGGAGCUUCAAAAGAGAAAUCUCCAUUCACUUGCAUUUUAAGGACCAAAUGUGUUAUGAUGAAGACCAAGUCAUACACACCUGGGAUAUCAUGAGGGUGAGUAAAUAAUGAGAGAAUUUUCAUUUUUGGGUGAUACUGUCCCUUUAAGCUCAAUCCACAAAAUUGGGGCAUGAUGUUAAUUACCACAACAACAAAACAAAACCUCUUGGUUCCAGUGAGGAAUAGGGGUCCAUGUUUGAAUGUUAAAAUACUUAGUUUCAAAAGUAUAGCCAGAAGACUUAAACAAUAUGCAUGUAAACAUGAUUCACUUGUAUUGAACCCGUAAUAUUCCUUUAAGUCCUCUCACAUUUAACACAUUUCAUUUUCAUACGGUUGUGAAUGUUUUGGAGAAAGGUAAAACUUUGCUAGUUGAACUAGCACAAUGCUGAAUGUGAAUUCUUAUGAUGCCGAUUCUUCUUUUUUAAUUUCUAAAUGGAGAUAAUAUGAGUUUAAAUGUAUGCUUUUAAAUGUUUUUGUUUACUGGAUGUUAUUGGGAGCUGGUUACGAGCUAUCGUCCAGUUAAAGACUGUGAUGUGUGUGAAUUUUGUUUCGCACAUUUAAGAAGUCUCACCGGAACACCAUUAUUGAUCUCCAACUCUAUUUGCUGCUUUUCCAUUUAUAUGUUGUAAUUCACUUAUUUUAUUAUUUUGUUAUUUGGCUGUUGACUCAUGAUUGAGUUGAAGUUGAUCUUUCAUUUUCUUUUCAGCAGUUAUUUACGGAUUAGCCAUUAUUUUGGUGCUGUUCUUUUCAUUUUAAUGAAAAUCUGACUGAAUUUUUGUAAGUGAUUUGAUUCAGAACUGUUAAGCUUCCUUUUAGUACAUGUUUGAAAGGUUCAGUGACCUGAGGAUGUCUAGUGGUUUUUAUUUACUUCAAGUAUACAUGCUGUUAAACAUUUCGGUGGAGGGAUCACAUUUCGCUAUACAAUGACUAUAACGUUUUCCCCAGAAAUAAUGUACAUGUUCUGAAACCAUGUCAGGUGAAUGAAUUAUAGCUCUUCAAGCAUUGUUGCUUUUUAGGUUAAAAGGUUGUCAAAAUUCAGGCCGUUAAACAUUUUAUUUAGCGGUAAGUUUAUUUGGUUGGAAACAAUUAUUUCAAGAAUAUUUUUAGAUAUUUAAUGCAAAUUCUACUAUUUUAUGUGGAAUACAAACUUGUAUAAGCUUAAACAGUUCAAAUGUAAAUAUGAAAUUUUGGUAGCUUAUUGUAUUUUACUUGACUCCUGCAUAGGUGUUUUUUUUUUUGUUUUUUUUAACCACACUUCUCUUCAUAAAAGCAUAUUUUUGUUUGUGCAUUGAGUGUAUUUCUUUUUUUUGUACUCAAUGUGUCUAUAAAAGCUUUAAA